AUGAAUUUCUUAUCGAUUAUCAUAGUGUCUAUAAAAAUUUACAUUGUGACCAGUUCAGAAUGUAACAUCAAAUGUCCAAAGGGUGAAGACAAGCCGGUUUGCGGUUUAGAUUUUCGCAACUUAGCUUACAAAAUGUUUCGCAGUGAUUGCGCAAUGGCAGCUUACACUCAGUGUUAUCAUAAAGAUUUUAUACCAGUGUCGUUAAGUUCCUGCAUAAAAAGUCAAGUUAGUCGUGCUAGAAGGGUGUACAUGGAAUCUUGUCCAGCAUUUUGCCCCCAGUAUUACCGACCCGUGUGCGCUGCUUCUACUUUGAGAGAAUAUCAGUACAGGACUUUUGAAAACGGUUGUUACCUAGACAUGAUCAACUGCCGAGGACACGAAGAUUCCGGUUACGUGGAGGUGCCGCUGAAGUACUGUCAAAACCAUCUAAUGAAGAAUUUCUUUAGAGAGCAGAUAGUUAGUUGCAAAGUGGAUUGUGCAAAUUCAAAUUUAGUACUUAAAGCUUUCCAAAGCUUAGUCCACGAUGGCUCUGCUACAUUACAUCGCUUUCCUGCUUCUAGUAACUCGGGUCUAGGCAAUAGAUUUGGCGAUGAACAAGGCACUACACAGAGAUUACCGUUGGAGGCUUUGGGAGAUAGGAACUUGGUAAAUCGUUUGAGCAGACUGCCUGUGGACAAGCAACCAUUCUGGUUCAUCAAUUGGAGGGCUUAUGAGGAAAACAGAAUGAGGCCGCAGACUUAUGAACAGAGACCAAAUGUAUUUGUUGAUCCCAUUCCUUCAAACCAGUUAAAUAAAGUGCAACAGAGAAGAUGGGUGUUU